CUUAAAACCAGGACUUAUUGUCUGUAGGGUUUUCCUAAUGAUUUAUAGAGCUAAAAUGUGUAACAGCGCGUAUGUAUAAUCGUUCGGCCCUGCCUUAAAGCAUCUUCAGCUACUAAGGGAAAAAAAAGAUGCCGCUGUAAAACUUUUCAGUGCUAACGAGAGAAAAGGGAGAGAACUGACACGAUGGCAGAGGACGAUAAAACAGAGUGAAGAACUUUUCUCACGGCCCUUCGUCAUCAAGGAGGACCAGCAUGAUCACAUAGAUACCAUCUUUUGGUUUAAGGAAAAGAGUCAAAAGUUCUCGGCGAAGUAUGGCGCAAGAGACCGGAGAGUCUGAAGAAACGAAAAGUAACAAAGUGAAAAAGCAUAAAAGAAGGAAAAGCAAAAAGGAGAGCAAAACCAGGAUUGUACACGCCAACAUUUUGUAUGAUCAUACCAAAGGGGUGGAUAACCCCAACAGACACUAUGCAAACAAUAAGAUCAAAACCACAAAAUACACUCUGCUUUCUUUCCUACCGAAGAACCUCUUCGAGCAAUUCCACCGAUUUGCCAACGUGUAUUUUGUUUUCAUAGCAUUACUGAAUUUCGUGCCUGUGGUCAAUGCUUUUCAACCGGAGUUGGCUCUUGCCCCUGUGGUUUUUAUUUUGUCCGUUACCGCUAUUAAGGAUUUAUGGGAAGAUUACAGACGACACCGAUCUGAUAAAGAAAUAAAUCAUUUGGAUUGUCUCGUUUACUGCAGGAGUGAGAAACGGUAUGUUGAGAAAUACUGGAAAGAGGUGCGGGUCGGAGACUUCAUUCGUCUGCGCUGCAACGAGAUUCUCCCGGCGGAUGUUCUGCUGCUCAGCAGUAGCGACCCUGACCGCCUGUGUCACAUUGAGACGGCCACACUGGAUGGUGAAACCAACCUCAAGCAGAGGCAGGUGGUGCGCAGCUUUAUCGACCUGGACUGUGAGUUUGACCCAUUUAAAUACAACAGUGUUGUUGAAUGUGAGAAGCCCAACAAUGACCUCAACCGAUUUCGUGGAUACAUAGUCCAUCGCAGUGGGAGGAGAGACGGCCUGUACAAAGACAAUCUGCUGCUCAGGGGCUGCACCAUCCGAAACACAGAGGAGGCUGUAGGAAUCGUCAUCUAUGCAGGUCAUGAAACAAAAGCAAUGCUGAACAACAACGGCCCUCGUUAUAAACGCAGCAAACUGGAGCGGCAGAUGAAUGUAGAUGUGUUCUGGUGUGUCAUCAUCCUUCUGGUCAUGUGCCUCUUUUCCGCCAUCGGACAUGGCCUGUGGAUGUUCCAGUAUGGAGAUAAGAGGCCUGUCUUUGACGUCCUGAGCCCAGAAGGAACAGAUUUAUCUCCAGUGGUCUCAGCCAUUUAUCUCUUCCUGACCAUGAUUAUAGUUUUGCAGGUGCUGAUCCCAAUCUCGCUCUUUGUUUCCAUUGAAAUAGUGAAGAUAUGCCAGGUGUACUUUAUCCAUCAGGACAUGGAGCUGUACGAUGAGGAAACAGACUCUCACCUCCAGUGCAGGGCUCUGAACAUCACAGAAGACCUGGGCCAGAUGCAGUACAUUUUCUCUGAUAAGACCGGCACUCUCACAGAAAACAAGAUGGUGUUUCGCCGUUGUACUGUGGCAGGAGUCGAGUACUCGCAUGAUGCCAAUGCGAAGAGGCUUGCUAUGUACCAAGAAAUGGAUUCAGAAGAGGAGGACUGUACAUCUCAUGGUGGAACCCUUCCACGGCGGGACAGCGUCACCAGCCACCAGAGUGGAAAAGUAGUGUUGCGAUCACAAAGCACCAAAUCUCACCGUCGCACCGGGAGCAGAGCCGAAGCCAAACGGGCCAGCAUUCUGUCCAAACACACUGCCUUCAGCAGUCCCAUGGAAAAGGAUAUUACUCCAGAUCCCCAGCUCAUGGAUAAAGUCAAUGAGUGCAGCAGUCAGAUGGAGUUCAUGCGUUUUCACAGUCAGUCCCUGAACCAGAUCCCUCCUGACCUGUGUGACGUCUUUGACUUCUUCAUUGCUCUCACUAUCUGCAACACUGUGGUUGUGUCCUCACCCAAUCAACCCCGGCAGAAGGUGCGUCGCUACGAGUUGAAGUCUCCGGUGAAGACCAUCGAGGACUUCAUCAAGCGCUUCACUCCGAGCCGCCUGACCUCUGGCUCCAACAACAGCAGCUCAUCCAGUCUGGCCACCAACCGCUCGUCCUCCCAUAAAGUGGGCUGCAGCAUGCUGUCCUCCCCCUCAGCCGAAAGCACACUCACAAAGCUGAAGGAGGAGAAACGUCCGGAGCAUGACCUGCAGCAUGCCUUCAGUCCCGUCCCACCCAACUUUGAUAAAACAAAAGCUUUGGCUCAGGAUGAAUGCGAGCUCAGAUAUGAGGCAGAGUCACCAGACGAGGCAGCGUUGGUUUAUGCAGCUCGGGCCUAUAAGUGUGCUCUUGUCGGCCGUUUACCGGACCAGGUGACCGUGGAGCUUCCACACUUGGGCAAGCUGAGCUUUGAGCUUCUGCACACACUGGGGUUUGAUUCCACAAGAAAAAGGAUGUCAGUGGUGGUAAAACACCCACUGACUGAGCAAAUCACAGUUUACACCAAGGGUGCCGAUUCAGUCAUCAUGGAUUUGAUCAGAUCAGCCACAGAUGAUUGCAAAGGAAAACGACAAAGGAAAAUCUUGUACAAAACUCAAAACUACUUAAAUCUUUAUGCUGCAGACGGUCUCAGGACACUCUGUAUCGCCAAAAAGGUUCUCACUAAGGAGGAGUAUGCCAGUUGGCUACAACUCCACCUGGAAGCCGAGACAGCCAUACAGAGGAGGGAGGAGCUGCUAUUUGAGUCUGCAUUACGACUAGAGACCAACCUCCAACUUCUGGGAGCAACAGGUAUUGAGGACAGACUUCAGGACGGGGUUCCCGAGACCAUCGCCUCUCUGAGGAAAGCAGGCCUUCAAAUCUGGGUGCUGACAGGAGAUAAACAAGAGACUGCCAUCAACAUUGCCUAUGCAUGCAAACUGCUGGACCCAGAGGAGGAGAUAAUCACUCUUAAUGCUGACUCACAGGAGGCCUGUGCUGUAUUGCUCAAGAACAGUCUGCAAUACAUCCAGAAGAAGUUCCUUUGCGACCCUCGAACAGAUCCUCAAGCAGCUAGAGACUAUGCUGGCCUCCACUUCUCUUCUCCGGUGUGUUCCCCGGCCUCCUCUGGCCACUCCAGCCCCUUCCUGGUGCACCGGCUAGGGCUGGUGAUCGACGGUCGAACCUUGGCCUACGCUCUGGACAAGAGUUUGGAGGAUGACUUCCUGGCUGUGGCUCGAAGUUGCAGGUCCGUUCUAUGCUGUCGCUCGACACCCCUGCAGAAGAGCAUGGUGGUCAAGUUAGUGCGGAACAAGCUCAAGGUCAUGACGCUUGCAAUAGGUGACGGAGCUAAUGAUGUUAGUAUGAUCCAGGUGGCUGAUGUAGGGGUGGGGAUCUCUGGACAGGAGGGCAUGCAGGCAGUAAUGGCCAGUGACUUUGCCCUGCCAAGGUUUCGAUACCUGCAGAAGCUGCUCUUGGUCCACGGCCAUUGGUGUUACUCUCGUCUCGCCAACAUGAUCCUCUACUUCUUCUACAAAAAUGCUAUGUUCGUUGCCCUCAUCUUCUGGUAUCAGUUCUACUGUGGGUUCUCUGGGUCAGCCAUGGUUGAUCAGUGGUACCUGAUCUUCUUCAACCUGAUGUUCUCCGCAUUCCCUCAGCUCGUCACCGGCACCCUGGACAAAGACGUGUCAGCAGAAACCCUGCAGGAGUUCCCGCAGCUCUACAUGAAUGGACAAAACUCAGAGGAAUAUAAACCCUACAUGUUCUGGAUGAACAUGAUUGAUGCAUUCUACCAAAGCCUCAUCUGUUUCUUCAUCCCUUACUUUGCUUACGUUGACUCUGAUGUGGAUUUGUUUACAUGGGGCACUCCCAUCACCACCUUGGCACUCUUCACCAUUUUGCUGCAAUUAGGCAUAGAAACCAAGACCUGGACAUGGAUGAACUGGCUGUCGAUUGGCUUCAGUAUAGCUCUCUUCUUUAUUGUGGCACUGUGCUACAAUGCUUCCUGCCCAACCUGUUUCUCUCCCUCCAACACUUAUUGGACCAUGCAGAGGCUGCUGGGAGAACCUAUAUUCUACCUGCUGUGUGUUGUCACACCUAUUGCCGCACUUCUUCCCAGAUACUUUUACAGAGCUUGUCAGGGAAAUCUAUUCCCAAACCCUGUCCACGUCGGAAGACAACUGGACAAACUGCCAAUGGACAUGCGCAGGAUCUUCCUGAGUCAGAUGAAGCUGGGCUCCCUCGGAUCACUGUUUCCCCCCCGCGCCCCGUUCUUCCCUCUCUGCAGGCCCUUUCAGAAAGACUACAGGCCCAGGGUAAAGCAAGCCCACAUGGGUAGCACCAAACAGAAGGAGAAAGCUGUAUCCAGCCCCAUCCCAUCAAAGAGCAUGGACAUGCGGGACACACCUUUAAGCUCAAAACAUUCUGACAAUCAUAUGACACUCAACAUGAGAAUGCAGGAAAAAGUUCACUCCUGCAGACAGGGCUCAGACGGCCCUCUGUUGGAGAACUUGCACUGCGUGAAGGAACCUUCGAGUCCCACCGCAGACACUCUGCCAUACACCAAAGACACUCCAGCCUCCAGGACUAUUUUGGAUAGCACAGGCUUGGAGGUCCCGCUGAGCCCGACAGACCUCUGUCAGGUCAGGUUGCUCACCUCCACUCCCUUGCUUCCUCAAACAGAGACUAUGCAGCUCAUGACGCCACCCACCUUUUUUUGGGGGCAAAAGCUGGAAGACGAGGACCAUUCGAGCCAAAAGUCUCUACUGAAACAAGCCGGGGAUGUGGAUCACAACCAGUCAACUAGCUGCCUACAAGAACAUUCACUCAAAACAACGUUUCUAUGAUGCUUUCUAACUGUUACGCUUAUUCAAAUUUGCACGUUAGCUUUAAGAAAUAUUAUAUAUUCAAUAUUAUUUUAUGAAGAUAUAGGUUGGUACUACAUUUAUAUAUAUUUAGAUGUGUAAAGUUUAUCAAGUAUUUUUUUUUUUUUUUUUUUUUUUGAGAGAGAGAGAGCGAGAGAGAGUGGCCAGCAUAUGCAAACUGGAUAGUCUUAUGAUUAAUGACUGAAUUUUUAUUUUAGUUUUUUUUAAAACAUCUCAAAAGUGGAGGAGGUUUGUAUCUCAAAGCAGAGGAAGUACACAGACAUUCCUUUAUCUGUUUAUUUGAACCUGGAUGUUUAACCUGGGUGCACUUUAAAGACCCGUUAGACACUGCUGAUAGCACUACACUCGUACUUCCCCAUCCCAGAACGAAAAAAUCAUGGUACCCUUCAAUGUCAUGAGCUACAGGAAAUUCGGUAACUCUUUACGAAAAGUGUGCAUGAGAAGUCCUGAUCGAAUAAAGGCGUGAACUAAUCAAGAACUAAUAAUGUGUGACGGGAGUCACUAAACACAGCUUUAACAUCAUGUUAGCACAUAUUUGUUGUAAUACCCAACACUCAACUAAAUCAAAUUAUUUCUAUAAUCCUGGCAAAACCUGCUCUGACUUUCAUUAAAUAUGCAUGAUUUUAAUGCCUGAAUACCAUUUGCUUCACAUUCAUAUCUGCUGUUUCAUUAAGAACAUUUAUUGGAUCAUUUAAAUGAAUAUUUAAGAUCUAAUUAAGGUUUUUUUGCUACUUCAUAUUCUUUGUCAUACAGCCAAUCUAAUGCAUUAACUAUCAAGCAUGUAGUUAAAGUGGCCAUUAUUCACAUGACUCCCUCUGAUUCCAGUCAUAUCUCAUGCUAGCGCUUAAUUAGUUCUUGACACGUCUGCGAGUUCAUUCCCCAUUAGUUCAAGUAUUAGUACAUGAUUUAUGUACCCUGUUUGUUAAGUAUUAGUGGAAUUCCUUAAAUAUUCCUUGAAGUGUUGUGUUUGUGUUGUUCGGUCCCCUGACGGCUUCAGUCAAGAGCAAGAGAUGCACUCUAAAUUAGUUGAUUCUGUCCAAAGGACUAUGCAUGACACUUAGACGAGCUCUUAGACACCUACGAGACGUUAACAUGUCAGUAUCUCACACCAACAUCAUUACUGAAUUACUAGAGUCAAGUAUUAUCGUGUAAAAUGAAACUGUCCUCUUGCCACGCAUAUACAGAUGGUGCUUCAGCUCAAGUAUUUCUCUUUUUCUUCACUUUUUGCUGCUGCUUUUGUUUCUACACUCAUUCCUGCAGGAAAGGAUUUCACUUUUGCUUUUUUAUAGAUAGUUCUAUUCAUUCAGUCCUUUAGGAUAUCGAGGCCGAUGAAUCAAGCUGAAUUGACAGUUAAGGAUCCUGGGAGGUGGCUUGAUUUAGUACAUGUGCGAACAGAAAGGCCACUUUACGCUGUUUGUUUUAGGCCUUUUUACGAGCUGAUCUUUUGAGAUAUAUAUGUCUUCUGCUAUUUGCUGUGAUUGUAUUUUUCUACUGUUUACUCUAUACAUGAUCCUUGACCAAAGAUACAAGAAGCACAUGACCGCUGGAGCAUUUGUACUGUAACCGCUUGCUCAGGCUGAUCACUUUAUUGAUUAGUAAUUUAAUUGGCUCAGGGCAGGCUUUUUUUUUUUUUUUAUUAAAGGGAUAUUUCAGACGAAAUGACUUUUAUUUUCAUUGUUUAUUGACACUUUUGUCAUUCCAAAUUUGUUUUAAUUUCUUAUAUUUGACACAAAAUCUUUUUUUUUUUUUUUUCAUGCAAUGAAAGUCAAUGGGUUCCGAUACAAUUUGGACCUCAUUGAGUUUCAUUGCAUGGAGAAAAAAUAUUUUUUUGGUCUUCCACAGAAGUAAGUCAUAUUGGUUUGGAAUGUCAACAGAAAUAACAUUUUUGGCUUGGCCAUCUCUUUAAGUGUCUUUUUGCCCUUACUGCUCACGUUUCUAUUCCCAAACCAGUCCCAUUUUAUUUUCUUUCAUGACCGGAAUCAUGUUUUGUAUGCAUUAGUGUCUCGCUCGCCCUCAGGAACGCCAGCAUGCAUCAGGAAACAUUCCAUUUUGAUCAGUCUGUUCGAAGGGAAUUGAUGGACUGACUUUGUGACUUCUGUUUUAAAGCUGUAAUAUGUGUAAUGAAUGGUUCUGGCGAGCACAUGGGUGGUUAUCCGUUUGUUCCGCAACAGAAUAUUCCACAAUUCCGCAAAUGUCAGGGGUGUGGCGUAUUCUAGAGUCCCCUAGAGAGAUGCUAAAAUAGUUUUUAUGAGAUGAUUUGUCAUGCUGUGCUCGUAUAACCUCAAGGCCUCGCCAAUCUGUUCAUUCAGGAUCUCAUUUGGGCAGUUGCUAUCAAAACCGCUGAUUUAUGAACAGCCUACCAGGAGGAUUAUGAGAUCUAUUGUGCUCAUUACACAAUGAAUGGUGUGAACAGAAUGUGCUCAGACCAAAAAAAAAUGGGUGUUACAUUAGAAAGCAUCUCGAUUGUAGUUUCCUGUCAUUCAUAAACACACAACCUCAUGUUUUUUGAGGUGUAUCUAGAGGCUGAUGCAGUAUUACGCUGGGUGUAAGUGGGGGGAAUAAUUGACUGAUUCUCUCUCUAUGUGUCUGGAUACUUCAGUAAAACCCUAAAGAAGCUAAUAUGAAGCACACAAGUACUUUGUUCAUUCAGUUUUUCUUCUGCACAGCUCAGGUUCAGCGUUCGCCGCUUUGAGCAAUAUUCUCGUCUCGUUGGAAGUGUGAUGUAUAUAGCAUCCGAAUUUAUUUUAUUUUCGUAGUUUGAUAAAGGCAACGUUUGUAUGAGCCUAAGUGCUUUAGUAUAUGUAAGAAAACCGUUUUAUACAAUGUGGAAUAUAUGUUAUGUGCCUUAACACUGGAGAACGCAUAUGUAGACGGCAAUACAUACAGUGAAUUUUAUAUACGUGCAGUGUAUGUAAAGGUAUUUGGAGUUAUAUUAAUAAAUGAGGUUUAAGAAAACAAAAUCCUUUUGGUUUUUAACAAAUUGAAGAGAUUGUGCUGUAUCUUUUUCCGUACUUCUAUUUGCUUGUUGAUUUAGAUUGGAAUGUGCCAGUGCUUGGUCUGUCAGGUUCUUGGCCGAGCAUCCGUGCUGUAAUCGAAUCCAUUCACAGCUGCAUUCCAGAGCCUUUCCUUAACUUCAGGGCAGAUCACCAGCAGGAAUUCCGUCCUUCGGAGUUUGUCACAGCUCACAUGUAAGCGUUGGGUGGACUUUUUGAUACCUAGCAUGACUUUUCUCACGGUCACUGCCAUGACUGUUUCUGGCUCAUUGUACUGUAAUUGGUGUUUGUUAUAGUCACACAAAAGUUCAGUUUUUUUCUCUCACUGUAGACUCACUACCCUGCCAGCCCUUUCUGAAAACACCUGUUUCAAGUGAUUCUCUGACAUUUUGGAGGGUUUUGUUCAAUUGUUCAGACGUUCUGCGUUUGUUUCCUGACCAUAAAACUAAAAUAAAUGGUAAGACAAUGUU